AUGUCGGCAAACUGUACCUCUAGCUUUGUACUAUAUCCCUCCCCUUGUCCUAGCUUACCUCUACCACCCAACCUUCAAUGUUUCUAUAAACCAAAAAGAAAACAAUCCGUAUCGCCUAUCCAAGCUGGUCCAGCAGUAGUUCAAUCACAAAAUGCCAAGCCUGAAAUUGAUCGGCGGCGAACGGCAAAUUUUCACCCAAGCAUUUGGGGAGAUCGGUUCAUCAACUACGAUUAUUCUGAACACAAGAUAACUCAUGCCCAUUACCAGAAGCAGGUUGACGAACUGAAAGAAAUAGUGAGGAGGGAUGUGUUUACAAAUCUUAAAGCUGGAGGUGAUGAUUUUGCACAUAAGCUCGAGUUAAUUGAUGCAAUCCAGCGUCUUGGCGUGGCAUACCAUUUUGAAAGAGAGAUCGAAGAAGCACUGGAACGCAUACAUGGUACAACCUGUCAUGACCAUUAUGAUGGUGAUCUGCACAGUGUUGCUCUUGGCUUUCGGCUACUAAGGCAGCAUGGAUAUAAUGUUUCAUGUGUUAAUCACAACUCGAUUGAAACUCUCAUUGGCUCCAACUACACCAAAUGGAGGGAAGAUGUGGAAAUUUCUCUAGGUCUGCUGGACUAUGAGAUGGCUAUUGAAGUAGAUGCUCCUGCAGUACCUGAUGCAGAUGCAUCUGGUGGAGCAAAAGCAAAAUAUGCCAAAUGGGUUAAGGCAAACAAAAUGGCUAUUCUAAUCAUGAGAAUGUCAAUUUCACCAUCUGUCAAGGGAAGCAUUACAUCAUGUGAUAAUGCCAAGAAGUUUAUUGAUUCUAUUGGGGAGAAGUUUCAGGAAUCAGAAAAGGCUGAGAUUGGAACUCUAAUGGGACAGCUUACUGAUACAAAAUACAAUGGGGAAAGAUGUUACUUUCAAGCAUCUUAG